UCUUUCCUCCCACCCUAUCACUUCUCUUUUUCUCUCUCUUCACUCUUUUCCUCUCUCUCUCACUUCAAUUUUUUAUUUUGCUAAUGGAGAAUUCCAACGACACCAAGAAGCGAGUGCGGGACGAGUUCACACGGGUCGACUCGCCCGAGUCUAAGAUCCGCCGAGUUGAUUCUGACUCGGGUUUUAACUCGUCCGACUCGGGUAUUGACUCCGAUGUGCACCUACAAGAUGAGAUUUUUAACAUUCUUGAUGACGCCGACAAUGUGCCCGAGCGUGAAUCCGUGCAGGGUCUCGACUCAGUGAUUAAAAGCUUCGAAGAUGAAAUUAAUGCUCCGCCGGGGUCGGGUCCGGGUUUGGCUGAUCCGACCCAAGUACCCGAUUCCGGGGAGUUACAGACUAGUCUGGGGUAUCUUCUAGAAGCUUCAGACGACGAACUUGGGUUGCCGCCGACGGUGGGUUCCGGCGAGGAGCCGGGUCGGGUUGGCCCGGAAGGGGUGGACUUGACGGGGAUCUUGGGGUUUGAAGAUGACAUUCCGAGUUAUGAUGCGUUCGGGUUUGGGACCGGGUUGGUGGCCGAGUGCGACGGCGGUUUCGUGACGGUGGAUGGGUUGUUUGAUUACGAGGAACCGGCGACGAGUGUUUUGUGGCGGUCGGAGUCGUUACAGGCGAUGUAGGUGGUUGUGGUGGUGAAAUUUUGUGGUGAAACGGUGCGUAGUGGUUGAAAAUGUAAAUCUAGGAAAAUUUGGUUAAUGAAAUAGACGGAGAAGCACAGAAACGUAGUUGGUAGAUGUGAAAAGUUUUAGGGUUAGGAUUUGUUGGUUUGUUUCUUCUUUUUGUUGGAUUCAAUUGAUGAAUCAUACUGGGAUCUUCAUGAGCCUUUUCGGUUGUUCAUUUUCUUGCAUGGUUGAUUCCUUUAUUUUUUUUAAUUAUUAAUUGAAUCUUAAUAUAGAUAUUUGUCAAUGUUAAAAAUCAAGGCCAAAUCUUUGUCCCUCUUAGUUGAAGUUAGAGUAAAAUGUUUUCUUAUUAAAUUGAAGAGUUUCAUUAAUGCACAAUAAAUAUCUGCAUUAAUGAAUUUCUAGUUACUUGGAUUCAUAAACAUAAAAAUGGGCAAUUUUACUGAUUUAAUUUUAACUUCAUUUUUCUUUCAAAACAAGUGAAUUUUUGAAUCGUCACUUGCGUUAUUUACUCUUUUUGACCAAGGAUUUUUUUUUCCUGAUGUUGAGAGGAUUAGAAAAUAUCAAAAUUUGAAUGGAUACAAUUUAACGGAUACUUAUUAAUCCAUAAUUUUAAUAAAUGUAAUUAGCACCAAACAGCUUGUAGAAUAGAUUAAUUAAAAAAUGCAUCUAUUCAUUUUUAGUAUUUAUUUAAUAUUA